GCAGGCGCGGUCGCCAUGACGGCGGCUGUGUUUUUCGGCUGCGCCUCCGUAGCCUUCGGCCCCGCGCUCGCCCUCUACACCAUCACCAUUUCCACGGAGCCGUUGCGCAUCAUCUUCCUCAUCGUCGGAGCUUUCUUCUGGUUGAUAUCUCUGCUGCUUUCCUCCCUUGUCUGGUUCGGGGCAAGAACCAUUACUGACAACAAAGAUGAACCAGUACAGAAAUAUCUACUGAUAUUUGGUGUGUUAAUCUCAGUCCUUAUCCAAGAAAUGUUUCGGUUUGCAUAUUACAGACUUUUAAAAAAAGCCAGUGAGGGUUUGAAGACUAUAAACCCAGAUGAACCAGCACCUUCUAUGCUACUGCUGGCCUAUGUUUCUGGCCUGGGCUUUGGAAUCAUGAGUGGAGUAUUUUCCUUUGUAAACACCCUGUCUGACUCCUUGGGGCCAGGCACAGUGGGCAUUCAUGGAGACUCUCCCCAGUUCUUCCUAUAUUCAGCUUUCAUGACGCUGGUGAUCAUAUUGCUACACAUGUUCUGGGGCAUUGUAUUUUUUGAUGGCUGUGAGAAGAAAAAGUGGUACCCCCUUUUUGCAGUUCUUCUGACCCACCUGCUGGUGUCAGCCCUGACCUUCAUUAGUCCUCAUUAUGGAAUAAGUCUGGUGUCAGCAAGUACGGUCAUGGUGCUCAUGGGCAUCUGGGCAUUCUUUGUUGCCGGAGGCAGCCGCCGAAGCCUGAAGCUGUGCCUGCUCUGCCAAGACAAGGACUUCCUCCUUUUCAACCAGCGCUCCAGAUAACCCCCGAGAACCAGCACUCUUGAACAGUAAGCUGCGUCUUUAGAGGAAGCACAAUGGUGCCUUUUUCUAAAAAUUCCUCUUCCUGGUGGAAUUCAGUAAGAAACAAAACUAGAUAUGAUGUGGCUUUUACACAAUAGCUCUCCAGAAGGGAGCGCAUCCUGGCUGCACAUGAGAAUCACCUGGCGGGGACACAGAAAAUCCUGGUUUCUGGGCUUCCCCCUCCAGGUUUAAUUGGUCUGGGCAUUUGGGCAUUUUUAAAAGCUUCCUAGAUGACUCUGAUGUGCAGCAGGUUGAGAACUAUCAGUGUCCAAAUAGGAACUUGCUGAGACCACCAUCAGUGAGUAAGGACCAGAUGUUCAGCUGUCUCCUGACUCACCUGUGCUGAAAUGUCAAAUCCUGUGACCUCUUUUCCAGUUCUGAGGUCACAAAAGGCUGUGCGCUGUUUUCAUGACUUCACGAGCACCCUGUAUUUUGAGAACAUGGUAAGCUGUGCUUCCAAAUGCAAUAAUAAACUGCACUGACUUACCUUGAUAAUUUAGCCAAAGCAAGCUAUUGACUAGCAAGCUGUAUUUGUCCAUUUUUUCCAUUCUAGAUUUUGCUUCCUGAGGCAUUACAUUGUUUUUGAGCAUAGAUUCAGUUUCUUUAACUAAAAACCAAUUAUUUUCUGACUUCCUUGCAAAUUAUUAUAAAACCAAGAAUGUUUAUGCAAUUCUAUUAAGUCUUUCCUGAGUUUAAGGCUUUUUAUGGGCUCUGCUGGACAGCUGACUGCUGGUUGCUGGGCCAGUUGCAGUGAAUCCCAUUGUUCCACCUCUGAGCAGCACGGCAGGCUGCUGAGUGACGGGCCUUGCGACAGGCUUCACUGGAGCUGGGGGAAGUGUAUGAGGAAAACAAACCAAAAGGGUGGUGUGGACACUUAAUUUGCUCCUGUGGCACUAACCAGCACUUCCCCCGGAAUGGUGUAGUGUAAAAUCGGAAAUAUGUUUUCAACUGCCAAAUCCAUGCUUUUACGUAAUCUAUCUAGUCUGUAGAUCUGGUAAACAUCUCUGAGUUUUGGUAGCAGAUACAUCAUUCCUUUUAUAGGAAUAUCCAAGGUGUUUGUUCAGCUUUUAAACAACCCUUUUGAUUUUCUUUAUAAAGAAGAAAUGCGCGUGAAUUGUGCCUUUACUCACUAGAAAUCAUUCCUAGUUGGUGGCUUUGAGAAAACUGAUGGUGUGAAAUGGAAAAUUCCUACACGCUAAAGUGAUAACCUCAGUGAGUCCCAUAUGUGCAGCAGAAUGUCCCGGUGAACCAGGAGCAGCAAUGGCAGGGCUCACCAGUGACAUGACAUGGAAGAAUUGGACAAACUAUAAUGGCACAUGGAAACGUGGCUGGUGUUUUGGGCUAGACACUGAUCAUUCCAAGGACCAGAACCUUACCCUUGAACUAGACCUUUCUCAGUGGACUCCCUCCUCUAUUUAAAUUACUAGAAUUUCUCAAUCUAGGGAUUCAAGAGCAGUUGUGUUUCUAGCAAGGCUAUAAAUAGUCUCAUAAGCAAUUACAGUUGUUCCCCUAAAGUCUACUUCAGUACUAAUAUCAAUGCUUAUGCUGGAGUUUUCAUUUUUCCACCUUUAUAGAAGAUUUUCCUUAGAUCAGAAGAGUCAUAGGAAAUGCCAAGAACAUGGAGACUAAACAGUGAAAUUUACUGUGCAGAGCUGAGGGGAACAGGAUGCCCAUUGAACUGGGCUUUAUUCCUGUUGGAACAUGGCAUUUUUGAUGAACAGAAUAAGAAAAAUACACAAUUGGUUAUUACUAUUGACUUAUAAAUCUCUUAAAUGGAUAGUCUGAUAAAAUAUUUGCUGACCUGUAAAGUGUAGAAAAAUCCAAGAAUAUUAAUAUUACUCAUACUUGAGCUCUGAGGAUGUCCUCUUUGCAUUGAUAGUUUAAUAUUAAGUAAAGAAGCUGAGAUAUUAUAAAAUCUCACUUAUAAAAGCUUCUCAGGCAAAAAGAAAAUUUUCUUUGAUGGCAAGACUGUUGUCUUAGUUCAGGAAGUUAUUUAAUAAUCCUUGACUACCUAUGAAUGAAGGAACUUUGUAAUCCCAAUUUCUCAUAGAAUGUGAGCAUUGCCAUAGUUAGCUUAGGCACUGUUGCUGCAAAUAGCCUCAUAGCCUCUCUUUGCCUGAUGCCAAGGAAGCCCAGAGGGAGCGCAUAGUCUUCCUCUGUUGCUGUAUAUAUAUAUCGAGAUGCAGUUUUUAAAAAUUUGUUAUCUAUAACGAGCUUUCUGGACCCUGAUAGUAUCUGGAGAGGGGGUGGUGAUGUAUGUUCUCCACACAGAGCUUUCUCAGUUUGGAGGGAAAUGUAGGCAUAGUCAAGUUGACCUUGGAAUGUGAAUAGUGUUGCAGCUCUUGAAUAUGUUGCUAUGUGGAUAGUAGAGUUUGAUUUUGUUGCUCUCUAAUACAUUUGCAUUUAUUUUUAAUUCAUUUGAAUUAGUAGUAUUAACUGGAGAAGUAUUGUUACCUCGAUCCUGGCGUGCCUAACUGGCAGGAUAGCCUCUUUUCAUGCAUCUUAAUGAAAACAUGGCUGAAAAGAAUAAAUGGUGAUAUCUGCACACUGCACAGAAAACGGCUUUUGUCCCCAUUGUUAAUAUCUUUAUUCUCAAGCACAUUUCAGUGUUUGCUGAGAGUGUCAGAUUCACUAAAAGAUGCUAGGUGUUAUGAAUAGAGUUGAUAGCGCUCUUAAGUACUUGAAAAUGCUAGCUUUUUGUUGGCUAAGUUUUCCUGGUCCCACCAUUCCUAACUCUAGGUAGACAGAGUAGAUGUCACAACAAAACAAUCUUAAGUGCUUUGCUUAGAGCACUUUGUUUAUGAUUGCAAUGUUUACAUUUCUCAUUUUAUAAAAGGCUUUUUACUUCACUAGUAAAUUUUAGUGUUUAGAGAGGUGGGCAUUAUCUCUAUGUACAAUAUGUUUCAUUUACUGUGUUAUACUCUUGUCAUAUAUACUUGCAAUAUGGGACCUUGCAGUCGAUACACAAUGCAAUAGACUCUUUUCAGACCUGUAUUUUUCAGUGAACAAUAAAGAUUGUUUGGCACUA